CGGGAGGGAGGAAGGGGGCGGCGUGCGCCGAGCCUCCAACGCGUGCGCGGUCCGACGGGCGCUCCCGGCGCUAUAUCUGGCUGCAUGGAGCCGGGCCGGGCUCAGAGGGCGGCGGGAGCGGGCUGAGCCGCCUGCCCCCCCAACCCCCCCACCCCGCCCCCGGUCCCCGCCCGCCCGCCUCCCGCGGGGCCCCGCCGGCGCGCAGAUGCUGGUGCACCCCUACGCGGGCAUGGAGCGAGCGGACGGGCCGGCGGGGGGGCGCCUGUCGCAGCUGCCGGCGCUGAACCAGGCGGCCUACGCGGCCGCGCCCCCGCUGUGCCACACGCCGGCCGCGGACUUCCAGCCGCCCUACUUCCCGCCGCCCUACCCGCAGCCGCCGCUGCCCUACGCGCAGGGCCAGGAGGCCGCCUACCCGCACCUGGCCGACCCGUACGGCGGGCUGGGCGCCCUGCACCAGCCGCCCCAGCCGCACCAGCACCAGCCCGCCUGGCCCUCGCAGCGCGCCCGCCAGGACGACGCCGGGCUGCUCUCGCAGAGCCACCGCGCCCUCGGCCUCGACCCGCGCCGGGACUAUGGGGCCGUGCCCCGCCUGCUGCACGGCCUGGCCGACGCCGGCCACGGCCUGGCCGACGGGCCCCUGGGGCUGCACGGCCUGGGCCACCACAGCCUCGAGGACAUCCAGGCGGUGGAGGAGGCCGGGAUGAACUUGCUGGAUCAGUCGGUCAUCAAGAAAGUGCCCAUCCCCUCGAAGGCAAACGGCACCACCAUCUCAGCCCUGUCAAUGAACAAAGACGGUCUGAUCGGAGGGGUGACAAAUCCCAACGAGGUCUUCUGCUCAGUGCCCGGCCGCCUCUCCCUUCUCAGCUCCACCUCCAAGUAUAAGGUGACCGUUGGAGAAGUGCAGAGAAGGCUCUCCCCACCAGAGUGUCUCAAUGCCUCUCUUCUUGGGGGAGUCCUCAGGAGGGCAAAAUCAAAAAAUGGUGGAAGGUGUUUAAGAGAGAGAUUAGAGAAAAUCGGGUUAAAUCUCCCUGCAGGAAGGCGUAAAGCUGCCAACGUCACUCUGCUGACAUCCCUUGUGGAAGGCGAAGCAGUUCACCUUGCCCGGGAUUUUGGCUACGUGUGCGAAACAGAGUUCCCAGCGAAGGCAGCAGCAGAAUACUUGUGCCGUCAGCACUCUGAUCCCAGUGAGCUCCACACCCGGAAAAACAUGCUGCUGGCUACCAAGCAAAUUUGUAAAGAGUUUGCAGACUUGAUAGCCCAGGAUCGUUCUCCCCUUGGGAACAGCCGCCCAUCAAUCAUCUUAGAGCCAGGUGUCCAGAGCUGUUUGACUCAUUUCAGCCUGAUAACUCAUGGCUUCGGGGGCCCGGCUAUCUGUGCAGCACUAACAGCCUUCCAGAACUACCUGGUGGAGUCCCUCAAGGGGCUGGAUAAAAUGUUCAUGAACAGCACAGGGAACGGGCACGCAGCUGGAGACUCCAAAGCAUCAGAAAAAGAAGUGAAGCAUCGAAAAUAACACACCAUCUCUUUCUCUAUCUCCCCACAGAGGGAGCUCUCCCCAGCUCGUGACAGGAGGUCUGAGCUUAUCAGUGUUGGAAAAAUAAUUAAAACCCAGGGCAGCACGUUUUUCCAAACUGCGAUGUUUGAAUUUGGGAUGAAACUCGUUAAGCAAACAAAGAAAGGAAAAAAAAAGAUUUAAAGAAUUUAAGAAGGAAACAACUUUAAUGGACAAAACUGAGAUCAAGAGACCAAGCCAGCUCAAUGGCUUUUUUUUUUUUGGUUUGGUUUUUUUUUUUUUUUUUAAUUUGCGGAUGCAGGAAGCCAAGUCAUGUGCAAUUUUGUUUUGUUUUGCUUUUUAAACCCGCAAGGAAAUCCUGACGUGCUCCAGGAAUCUCCUUAAACCGAGAAAAACCUGAAAAACCAAGAAAGAGCAAAAGCCUCAGCAACUCGAGUAAUUUUUGUAACCAAGGCACAAGUAAGCACAAUGAGGAUUUGGAGGUUGCAGGCCAGACCUGGAUCUAUAACCCGUCUUCAGUAGGCAGAUGCACAGGGAAUCUUCCAUCGAUACCACCUACACAACGGUCCUAAACUGGGCCGAGAGAGAGUCGCCAGUAGCUCCGCUUUGGGUUUCGAGCAGGCCCUAAGGCUUCGUUUACAGCUUUCAGCAACUGCGACUUACUAUGGAUUUUCUCCAUGGCUUACGGAGCCCUGAGCUACGAGGGGAGAAACCACCAGCUCAGGCAGGUUAAAGUUACACCAGGGACGAAUCAAAACCCCACAACCUACAAGUAAACAGCACACAGGUUUUAAAAAUUAUUAAUAAUAAUAUUAAUUAAUAAAGCACAAGGGGCAGAACUUGAACCAGGCCAAACUGAACUGAACUGCUCUAAAUCUGUAUAUAUUUAUUUAUGUGUAAUUAAAUCUGAAAGUUUUAAAAUGUCCAGUGCAAGUUAUUUAUAUCUAAUUGAGUUGGGAUAUUUUUUUUUUUUUUUUUUUGAAAGAUGAGAGUCUUUGGAUUUUCUGCCAUUAGAAAUGGGAAUGAAGUUUUGGAUACACAAAACUGUAGCAUGGACAAUAGGCUGUGAUGAUAACUAUAGAAGGUUUGCAGGAUUUUGUACUUGCUGUUGUUUCUCUUAAAGCUGCAAUAGAUGUACAACACCCACACCACGAUGUCAUUCUCAUUAUCUUAAUAAACCUCUUUUUAUUUGAAGAAAAUA